UUAUCACAAUAUGGUUGACAUCAUUUGACAACAAUUAUCUAAAAUUAAAUUUUAAUUUUUAAAUAUUGUAUUUAAUUAAAAUUUUGGCGUCAUAUGAAUCUACAAUUUUGAGGAAUGGUUGGAAAGGAGUUUUUGUUUGACAACGAGUGUAUGACUUGUAUUUGUAUUUUGUAUAAUAUAAUUAAGUAAUUAACUAAUAUUUAAGAAUUACAUGAAUUUUAUUAAUUUAUUAAUUGACAAAUUGUGUGUAAUUUGAAACUAACUUAAAAUAUGGUUAAAUCUAAACUAAAGACGACUUGCAAUAUAUGUGGAGAUAAAGCAGUCGGUCGAAAUUUUGGUUCAAUUACUUGUGAAUCGUGUAAAGUAUUUUUCCGAAGACAUUCACUUAAUUAUAAGAACUAUAUUUGUCUUUUUGACAACAAGUGUGACAUUAAUCAAAAUACGCGAUCAUUUUGCCGAAAAUGUCGACUAACUAAAUGUUUUUCAUUGGGAAUGAAAAUUGAGUUCAUUCAAAAUGAAGAGCAAAAGAAAUCGCGUCGACUUCUUAUUGAAAGAAAUCGAAGACUAAAAAACAAAAAACUAAUAACUAAUUCAUCGGAUGAAUCAAACUGUAGUGUCGUUAGUGAAGAUGAAAGCACUGGUAGUAGUGGUUGUGAUAGUGACGACUCUUUUUCAAAGAUAUUUGAUUGCAAUCAAAAAGUUAUGAAUCAGUUGUCUACAUAUAACGCAUUUGUAAAUAUAUCACAAAAAAUUCAUAGUAUUAAAUGCGAUAAACCAUUGGAUUUGGGACACAAACUAUUAUUAGGUCACAGAAUUGAUAUAAUCAGUCCAUUAAAUCCAAUCAAUACUUAUGGAGAGCUCAAUGAUAUUGAAUGCAAACGUCUCGACGAUUUGCAUCGGGCGUCACAAGUGUUUAGAUAUCCGGCGACACAACCCAUCAUUAAAGUGAAUAAUAUUUGCGAGUAUUACAAGUUAUGGGGUAAUCGUCUUGAACUCGACACUCAAGAUAUCAUUAAAUACACUAAAAAUAUGACUAUUUUCAGUGAUAUUUGUUUAAAUGAUAAAAUAUCAUUAAUUAAAUAUGGAUCAAUGGAGAUUAUAGUGACCAGGGGCAAUUCAUUAUAUGAUUACAAAAAUGAAAUAUGGAAUCAAAUUAUUGACGACAAUUGUAAUUCAUUUUUAAUACCACUGGAUCUACUAAAACGAGAAAAACGCAAUCUUCAUGGCGUUUAUAAACAAUAUUUCAAAAAAUUUCUACCCGAAUGGGGUUUUGAUCAAAUGCUUCUCGAUUUGAUGACAGCAAUUGUAUUAUUUAGUCCAAAGAGACCACAUCUCAUACAUAAGGAUACAAUUAUAUUUCAGCAGAAACUAUAUAUUUAUCUAAUGGAGCGCUAUUUGAUGGCCACUUAUGGCAAUCAGUGGAUCACAAAAAUGGCAAACUUUAUGAAUACAUUAACUGAUUUAAAAAUUGUCAGUCAAAUUGAAAUACAAAAUGGAAUCGAGGAAUACUUAACAUAUUUUGGACCACUUUUUAGGGAAAUUAUUGGAUAAACAUUUUAUUGAAUGAAACU